AUGUUCCUUCUCGCUAGUGCCGGCGUGGUGUUAGCUACCAUGAGUGCUAUCUAUAUUAUCUACAAAGCAUUUUAUAGAUUCUCUCCAGUAAUGCACAUUACAUGUUUUAUUGGUACCUUGAUCAUUGAAGCUUUAUGUGUUCUUGACCUUUUACGAGCCGUCGACUUGGUAGAAUUUAAUAUGUCACUCGAAAAACUUACACUGCUUUUAAGUCUUUUGGCAGCUGCAUUAACUUUAGCAUACGUAAUUUGUCCAUUAUUCACCAUUCGCCGUCAAACAGAACUUCGCCCCGAACAAACCGCAGUCUCAAUAAUACAUCUAUUGACCGUUCUAGCAUUCUUUUUAGCUCAUUUCGCCGUUUAUUGCACGAUAAUUCUGAGUGGACCGCUCUCUGAUGUUGACAUUGAAUCAAUUCACAACAUUAUUUUAUUAUUAAUAUUUCCUGGAUGUUUGAUAAAGCCACCCAGGAAAUUGGUAAAAAUUGUCAAACGAAAAAUGUUAGGGGUCGAAGAAUUGUUAAUUGGAGGAGAUUUUAGGCCAGCAAUGAUGCUUAAUGGCUUUGAUCAAACAAAGGGGCCCAUAAUCGAACAUGUAUUGCCAGCACACGUUUCGACUUCACGUCGUUCACUAAAAAACAUGAUGAAUUCUUCAUCACCAAAGCGUAGCGAUAUUCCACCACGUUCAUCUAGCGAAUAUUAUUAA